CAUUGCUUUCGUCAUUACGACAGUGUACGUAGGAGGACGGAGCGUUGUAAAGUACGGAACUUCCGGUUUUGCUCCUUCCUUCCGGUGUGGACGCCAUCAGAGCAAAGAGAAUGGCUAUCAGGUACCCAAUGGCCGUAGGCCUUAAUAAAGGCCAUCCAGUGACCAAGAAUGUAUCCAAGGCUAGACACUCUCGCAGGAGAGGGCGCCUGACAAAGCACACCAAGUUUGUCCGUGACAUGAUCCGUGAAGUAUGUGGCUUCGCUCCAUAUGAAAGACGUGCCAUGGAGUUGCUUAAGGUGUCAAAGGACAAAAGAGCUCUUAAAUUCAUCAAAAAAAGGAUUGGAACUCACAUCCGUGCCAAGAGAAAGAGAGAAGAACUCAGCAAUGUAUUGGCUGCCAUGAGAAAGGCUGCAGCCAAGAAAGAUUAAACUGUAAAGCGAAAUCCAUAAUUAAACCUUUAAAAAAAGAUAA